AAAUUAAAAAAAAAAUAAUCGUAGUCUAUGGUUCAUGAUUAGCUUCUCGUUAUGCGUUAUAAUUUUCAGCAAUGUGUUUGGAAAUAAACAUAAUAUGACUAUAAUUUCGUUAUGUUUGCAUCAAUUUGUGUAAUAUGAAAUCUGAAAAAUGUUCGUGAAUUGUGAUUUGAGUGGUACAAAUACAAAGCAACGCUUUUGAUAUCACCAUUCCUCGCUCUGCGAAGUGACGCCAUUUUACGGGAAUGAUCAGCCCGCGGCUGCCUCAUAAUAAGCCUAAUGUAAGGAUCGUUCUAAUCAAACGGAUGCAUGGAAACGAAUCUUUAUUCUUACAUUCGUACUGGACGUACGAUUUUAGAGAAAACUAUGGAAGAUGGUAAUGUUGUCAAUGCGAAAGACGACAAAAUUAAUUCCGGAUCACUGGCGAUCUUGUAUGGUGAGAGACCCGCCAAAUUGACCGCCAACGGGCACGAGUACUCCGGCGAGCCCUCGAGUCCGCCCGACGAGCCGCGGCGGGCGCACGCCGACGAAGACAAGUUUAGGAAGCGCAUCAACCCAUUGAGGAUCCACCUUGGCAAGAGGCCCUUCGUCGACAACUCGCAGCAGUACUUCGCCAACAAAAAGCAGAAACAAUUCGCGACCAAACACAGUGAUACAAACACCAGCAAUGUUCCCAGAGUGCCCAAACUCAUUCCCAAGAGGCCGGACGUCAAUCAGUUCCGUAAUAUCGUGCCCCAAGUGGACCCUAGGGUUGACGACGAACAUGACAAACCCGUGCCACGACUCGUGCCUAAAAGCCAACUGUUACAGUUCAAAAAAGGUAAGGUUGAAAAGGGAACCCAGCUGAAGGAGUAUGCCCAGAGCUUGGGGUUGCAGCCUAUGGUUAAAUUUAAGUGUCGAAAGUGUUGUUCAAUGUCAUUUAAGACUUUGGCCAUGUUGAAAGAUCAUCAGUUGGUAUGCCGGGCCCAGGCUAGAGAACCCACCCUGAGCCCGGAGGCUGCGCCGUGUCCAGAGCCCAAUACUGGUGGCCCAUCAAGAGUCACGCGGAAAGUGUACCUGUGUUCAGCUUGUGGAACGUAUUAUGAGAACUGGAAUCUCUUCCUGCACAUGAGAGAAGUUCACAAUAGACAUAUAUGCCUUUUUUGCCUUGGAAUGUUUUCAAAAGCGGAGAAACUGUCAUCACAUUUGACAAACAAACACAAUGUAAAAGAGUUCAGUUAUAAUAGUAAAGAGGAAUUUUUCAGUGUUUACAAUGGAACAUUAUAUUUAAUGUGCUGUGAAUGUGAAGAAAUAUGCAGUGAGCAAGAUGAUCUGUUCAAUCAUGACUGUAAUAAUGUGAAGCCCAAACCGGUGCCUGUUCUUAUUAGUAAAAAUGCAGUUAAACCCAAUAGUAUAAAAAGUUCUAAAACCUCUAACGAAUUGCCAACAAAUGGUCCCAUGUCAUUAACGAGAGAGCCACCAAAAAUGUUCACUGAAAAACGAGACAUUAUGGACACAAAACUGGAAACAAUCACAUCUCAACCUCACAAACCCUCAGUAGAUAUAUCCACAAAUGAUAUAAUAAAUAGUGAUAAUAGCAUAAGUUCGGAUAGUUCAGCGACAACUAGUAAAAACACAAGCAAUACUGUAGAUUCAGGUAUGGAAUUAGAAUGCUCUGAUAACAGACUAGCGUCAAGUCCUGUUCGCCUUAACACAAUGAGCCCGGAUAGAACAAAGUACAUGAUUCCCAAUGGUGAUGACAGUAUAGAACAUUCAGAGGACAGUGAUUCACAAGAACCAGAAGACACUCCACAGUUAAAUACAACAGUACUAGAGCCAAAACCUGAAGAACCUUGCUCAGCACCUAUAGAAAAGGAAAAAGAAUGUGGUAUAAAGCUUACACUAAGUCUAAAUAAUGCAAAUUCUCCAGUGAUAAUAAAUUCUACAGUAGAUCCUACUAUUGGGCAACAAAACCUCUAUAAACCUCCAACUAGGGUAAGAAGACCACCAAAGAGGUAUGAAAAAGAGGCACCACCAGAACCACCUCCACAGCCCAAAACGCCAUCAAUAAAAAUGACCAUCUGUGACCGAGCUGACAGCCCAUUUGUAAAGACCACAAUAUAUGAGAAUAAUCAAGAGACAACAUCAAGAACUAUUUUAAAUAACAAUCUUGAAACAGCAUCUGUACCGGAACCUAAACAAGAUAACAUGGUAAAAACAACUAUAUAUGAUAACAAAUUGGAGGAAAUAAACACAUUGAAUAGGGUACCAAAGUUAACAGUCAGGGUUCCAAAAGAGCUGUUGGACAAAGAUUCAUCAAGUGAUUAUUCCUCUGAUAGUGACAUCAGUGAAAAGUUAACAGUAGAUGAAAAUAAUACAACUAUUGAUGAGCAAGAGAAACUUAAAAAUGAAACAGUCAUUGAGCCACUACCUACAGAGCCCAUAGUACCCAUUGUGGAUCAUAUCAAAGAAGAAGAUGAAGAGAGCCCUCAAAUAGAAGAUGAACCCAAACUUCAAGCAACAGAUGAAAAUGAAAUGGAUCACAAAGUAGAAACUAAGACUGAAAUAUCAGAAAUAGAGACACCAAAAGAACCCAUAGUAGAAGAACCUUCUAUACCUGUAACUGAAUUAUCCUUAAAUAGGCCUUUAGACAAAUACCCCUUAAAAGAAUUAUUGAAAGUGUUUUUGUCAUCAACAGUGCAACAUUGUAUAUAUUGCAACCAUGUCCGCAAGAUUGCAGUAAACUGUGAGCAGCUAUCUCUACAUAUGGUCGCACAGCAUCGCUUCGCCGCUACUGUGGAUAGUAUUACGGCUGAAGAACUGAUGCCAGAGACUAUUAUAGCCAAGUUAAAAUCCGGCGCUGAAGAAUUAAGUUCUGUGUUUAUUAAUCUAGACUCUUAUGACAGUGUUGAUAAGUGUGAAAAUGUACAGUAUGAGCAUCUGUUUGAAUGUUUUCAGUGUUAUUUUACAACUGCUAUCCACAAAGAUCUCUAUUUACAUAAUCGUAAAAUGCAUCAAAAAACAAUUUUAUUAUGUGUUAUGUGUAAAUCUAAUUUUUAUAGUUAUAGUGAAUUAUUAUGUCAUUUAUGCCCUGGGACAUAUAAUUCAGAGUAUGAAAUGAAAUUUAGAUGUUGUUUCUGCAAUGUGGAUACUAUACCGUCACAGUUCAGGUUGAUGGUCCACUUGCGAAAGAUACAUCACACCUGUGAUGUGUGCUUAGAGGCGUGUCAAAAUCAAGCACGAUUAUCAAAUCAUGUAUGGAAACACAAGUUGCACCACUUAUGCUAUCGUUGUGGUAUUGCUUACAGAAAUAAGCCAGACAUUACGAAUCAUUUGUUUUGGAAACAUGGUACAGAGAGUGUUUUAUGUAAGAAAUGUCUCCAAAAAAAAUGGCCCCACGUAUAUCACUUUUGCACACCUCCAGCAAUUUUUGCCUGUGAAGAAUGUAAUUUACAGUUCACCAGAGCAGUAUGCUUAAAAGUUCACAAAAGAUUCCACUCAGGUGAUUUUCCUCAUGCAUGUAUAGAGCCAGAAUGUACAGAGAAAUUUGUGUCAAAAAAACUUCUCAACAAACACAUACUUGAACAUAAGAAAAAACUAUUCUUAGAAGAUUUAGAUGAAUUAAAACCAAGUAUCCCAAGUGAAUUGCUACCAAAAGCGGCGGAUGAUCCCAUUCCUGUUAUUGACUUGGUGGAUGAGAAACCUCAAGAGGAGGCUGGAACCUCCGAGGUGAAGGCUGAGGCUGGAACUGAGCAAUUAUCCAAAAAGGCGAAGAAAAAGAAAUUAAAAGACAAGGAUGCUUUACUUCUAGAUGUUAAUUUACCUGCACUAAAUCUUUCUGAGAGUGACAGUAGUGACGAAUCUGAUAGCGGUUUGCCGACCGCAAGAGAAGAAAAGAUAGAGGAAAAACCUAAAGAUGAAUUAAUUGAAGUAAAACCUGAUGGGUCUGAAGUGGAUGGAACUAAGAAGAUAGACAAUGAAUGUUUAGAAACAAAGGUUGAAGAAACGGUGCAGCCAAUAGAGGACGAAAAGCCUGAUGAUAAACAGGUUCUAGAAAUAUGGGACAACUUCAAGAAGUAUCAGGCUAAGGUUGAAAAGCAGAAGGAGAAAACACCACCCUUAGUUCCAAUAAGAAAGCAUGUUUGCGAGUCGGACCAUGAUUAUUGCUUAAUACCGACUGAUAUGAACGGCGAGGAAGAUAUAUUCAGUUUGGACAAAAAGAAAAGCAAAAAGUCUCCUAAAAAGCACCGCGGAGAUUUGUCCUCCACAAGCAGUAGCAGCAGUGACAGUGAUUCAAGUUGCUCCUGUGGCUCUAAUUGCAGUUGUUCAUCAUCCAGCGGAUCAUCGUCGUCUAGCUCUUCUGACACGGACUCCUCAGAUGAGUCCGGCAAUGAAAAGAAGAAAACUAAACGCAUCAGGAAAACACUUCCUAACAGAAGGCUCAGUACUGGUUCAAAUGUGGAUGUCAUGGGAAAUGCUGAAACUCCUAUAUUAGUACCCGAAAAAGUUGAACCACCCAUAGCAGAAACUGAUCUUGAGACGGAAGAGAGCGAAACAGACGAAGAAUUUUAUGAUGAACACCCUCAAAAAAUAGCCAACAAAUUGUAUGAGGAAAAACGUAAUCAAUUGGUUAUAGCAUCCAUAGCGCCGUCCGAUGGUGGAUCUGUAUCAGGAGAGACCAGUCGCCCAUCCACGCCGGUAAAAGAAGAAAAAGAGCAUGAGGAAAUCAAGGAAGUAACAAAAGUAGAGGAAGAAAUAAAGCCAGAAGUGAAAGAAGAACCCGAAACGAAACUGAAGACGGGGAGCGGCAAGAAAAAGAGUAAAAAGAAAAAGAAGUCGAAGAGCUCUAGAAAGCACGGCCCGAUUAAAAUUAACAUUCCUAAAGAUAUUAUUGCUAAGUCAGAAGUGGAGACUACCCCGCCACCUCUACCUCCGAACAAAAUUACGAUAUCAUUACAAUCCAACACAGUACAAAUACCAGAGGCUCCCAAUCCGAUCGCUGCAGUCGCGUCAAACACCAGCACACCCGCCACCUCGAACGAUAAGAAACAACGAGCAUCCAAACGAAGAAGAGUACCCAACAAGUUCUAUGGUUACUCGAGUGAUGAGGAGAUGCCUCAGUCGACGACGGGCCUGAAUGCCCUCAAACCUACACUUCCACCAAAGUUGGAAUGGAGAAAAGAAGAUUUACCAUCCCCAGUGACACAAAAGGCGAAGAAAGAAGUACCAUCAACGAUAAUGACUAAUAGACUAUACAAUUACUCGGACACUAUCAGGUUGACAGCUCCAAUACCAGAUCCGGAGCCGCCGCGUAUCUUGAUGAACUCGGAGUCGAUGGAGUCGAGCGACUCUGACUCGAGCGAGGAAGGGAACCUCGAGAUAUAUCAGCCGAACAGCAACAGCAGUACGGCCGUACACACGCCGCCUACAUAUUUGAACUCGGGCACGUCCAGCCUGCCCUACCCGUUCCAGCGGCCGGCGGUGCGGGAGGCGCGCGAGGGAGAAAGCGUGUACUGCUACUGCCGCUGUCCGUAUGAUGAGGUGUCCGAGAUGAUCGCGUGCGACGCCGAGGGCUGCCCCAUCGAGUGGUUCCAUUUCGAGUGCGUCGGCAUUAUGGUACCGCCUAAGGGCAAAUGGUACUGUCCCGAGUGUAGGAAGAAUCAAAGUUUCUCAGGUUACAGAUUAUUAUAAUCGAAAUGUCUUGUAUAUAAUUUUCGCUGUAUUGUUAUUUGUAUAUAACUUAUUGAUUGUAGAUACUUUAGGCUUUACCUGUAUAUCUUUGUAGGUAGUUUGUGUAAGAUUUAGGUUAUUAGGUCUGAAAGAAAUGUAUAAUUGUUAUAAAGUACAUGUUAUGCUUGAUAUCGGCUGUGCGGCCCACUCUGUAACCUGGCAAAUUGUUAUUGACAUUACUGCAGCGAGGCGGAAAUAUAAAUCCGAUUUUUGAUACCAA